AUGAAUGAUUGCAUGGAGCAUCGCCUGCAGAUUGGUAACCUGUUAUACACCCGUGUCUAAAUGCCCGUUUUCUUGUCAACGUUUUUAGAAAUAUUUACAUAAAUGAAAACUGCUUAAAACAGUUGUGAACAGUUAAAAGUUAAUAGCAGUAGCAAAAUUGCACGUUCGUUUAUAUAGGAAAAUCAAGUUGUUGGCAAGUCAAUUCACCUUCCUAAUUCGUUGUGAUUUUCCUCCGAGUGAGAACUGCGUUCCUGAAGCAGUCUCUCGAGGUUUCUCUCGAGCAACACUCGGUCAAGGCCACUCGGCCUCGAGCCGCUCGAAGAAAAUCCUUCGUUAGGAAAUUCGGGGCUCAAGGUGUUUUGCGUAGGUGUUGUGGCGAGGGAAGCAGACGUUUGAUGAUGCUUCCUGUUCAUCCGUGGUGAGUUACGAGGUGAACAUAGAGUGUGUCUGGAUCCAGGCGGCGGCGGAGGUGGAGGAGGUGGUGGUGGACUCGAAGAACCUUCGCUUGGUGGCGGUGGUCUCCGACCAGUUCUGCAAUUCAUUAGGUCGAUUUCAAGUUCUAUCUUAGAUAGAAUGUUACUUCAAACAGAGAGGCAAUGAUAUUUUAGCGAAACGUUUGUCAAUAACGAAUGAAAAAUUAUUAACAUAGAAAGAAUUCUUCGCUUAUCAACUUCUCCAACCAUUAUUUAAACUGACAAUUUUCAUAAAAGAAAGAAAAAUUCUUGAAUCUUCAACUUUUAUGUUUUGUUAGAAUACAUAUAUAGAACGUGAUUUGAAGUUAAAUUCUGCAUUGUUAACAUGUAAGUUAGUAUCCUCCUUUGGAAUUAUUGACCUUCAACCAACAAUUUAACAAUAAUUCUAUAUUUCUUUCCUAAUUGCAAGAGCCGGAACAAUAACUAACCUAAGGAAGGAAGGUGGUGGUGGUGGUCCAGCAGAAGAAUCGCUCGGUGUCGUCGGCGGUUCCCCCUUACUACAGGCUAUGCUGCAAUAA